CCAAACGACGUUGUAGAAUGGCAGAUUCUCACAAAGCUAAACUUCUCUUCUCAGAUCCGACUUCAUCCUCACCUCCUCCUCCUAGUCACUGUUCCAUGGUCUGGUGAGUGUCGAUCACUUAUGAAAGAAGUGGAAAAUUUGGUUAGUUCUAGGAAAAAUGAGUUCGGUUUGCUCAAGUUGAUGAUUUUGUAUCGAAACUCCGAGAAGAUGCUGGCAGAUGCUAUCGGUGCUACAGAAAGCAUAACGGUUUUAUACUAUCACCAUUCUGUAUCUUACAAAUAUCGAGGAAUACUUCGAGCACAGAAUAUUUUAUCCUCUAUUUAUCCCUAUAUGUCCAUUUUACCUGAAGAACUUCCGCUCAAAUCCCUCCAUUCUCAGGAGGACUUGAAAGAGUUUCUUGAAUCAACUGAUAAAGCUCUAAUUCUGUUUGAAUUUUGUGGAUGGGCUCCUAAAUUGCUUGCCAGAAAGAAGAAUAACGGUACUGAAAGUGGAGGGGAUCACUUUGGGCGAAGCUUUGGUAUAGAUACAGAAGGAACACAAAUAUCAAGAGGGAAUGAUAACGAGAAGGACACAGAAAAUGGGAAGCUGAAGUGCAGCAUCGGUAAUGGGUUUAGUGGAAUCCCUUGGCUCACUGAAUUCGGCUUAGUGAACAAAAGUGAUCCUUUCAAGGAGACUGAGAAUAUGACGUCUGGUGGUCAAUUGUCCUGUAACUAUACAGAGUUUCAGCGAUUUGAUUCAUUUUUCUCAAAAUUUAUUACUGUUGCUGGAGAAUUCUUCCUGCCUCCUGAAAGGCAUAGAUUUGGCCUGGUUUCAGAAAGGUCUUUACUUCAAUAUCUUGAAAUCAGAGAUUCUGAUUCAUGGUUUGCAACACUUUACUUAGCUGGUUGUCCCAGUUGUUCAAAGAUUUUCAAAGAGGAGAAUGACCUUAAGAGUAUUCUACAGAUGAAUAAUGAAAUUGUUGCAGAGUUAGAUGGUGAUGGGCAGGAUCUUGACAUUGUUUUACCCGCAAAUAAGCCAUCAAUUCUUCUGUUUGUGGAUAGAUUGUCUGACUCCUCAGAAACUAGUAGAAAGAGUAAGGAAGCUUUGCAUACUUUUAGAGAACUGGCGUUGCACUAUAUGAUUCCUUACCAAACUGGCUGGCAGAAACAGCCAGGGGAACCUCCUGUUCGAUCUAAUCAAGCUUUGGGUAGUACAUCUGGACAUCCUGUCUUAAAGCUAUCUCCAAAAGCUCAGAAGAUUAGUUUAAAGGAUAAGAUGUCCAUCAUGAUUAUAGAUGAGGGUAAACCUGUCACUUUAGAUAACAUAGCUCCAGAUUUGCAAGGGAAUUCCUUGCACGAGAUCUUGGAGUACCUUAUUCAAAAAAAGAAGCAAGCAAAAUUUAGCUCACUUGCAAAAGAGGCAGGCUUCCAUCUUUUAUCUGAUGAUUUUGAUGUCAAAAUAGCUGAUGCAUUAUCAUCAUUAACAACAGCAUCAGGGGAAGGCCUUACUACAGUAGUUGAUGGUCCAGACAAAGAUCAGUUAACACAAGGCACUAGUAUAUCUGCCGUGGAACGUGAAGAAAACUCCAAAGGCACAGAUGUUGUAGAUGAUGAAGGAAAAACUACUUCUUUUGAUACAAAAGAACAGUUGAUAUCUGAAGAACCUGACCAACAUCUUCCAGGUCAUUAUUUGACUAGUGAUAAAGAUGUCAAGGUUGAAGAAAAAAGCUCUUCACAGGUAUACAAGUUGGCGGAAUCACCUUACUUUCAAAGUUUCAGGGGUUCCUUUUUCUUUUGUGAUGGUAACUAUAGAUUUCUUAGAGCUUUGACUGGUGGGUCAACUAUUCCAUCAUUGGUAAUAGUUGAUCCCUCACUACAGCAACAUUAUGUCUUCCCCAAAGAGACAAGUUUCAGCUAUUCUUCACUAGAUGGUUUUCUUCAUGGAUUUCUCAAUGGCAGUCUUCUUCCAUAUAGAUGCUCUGAGUCUAUUAUUCAAAGCUCUAGGGAGGCCACUCAACCACCAUUUGUCAAUAUGGAUUUUCAUGAAGUGGACUCUAUUCCUCGAGUUACAACCCGUACUUUCUCUGAAUUGGUUCUUGGUUUAAAUCAAUCUGAGAAUGAAAAUGCUUCGCAUGCCUGCAAUGAGGAUGUCUUGGUCCUUUUUAGUGGUGGAUGGUGCGGGUUUUGCCAGAGAAUGGAGCUGGUUGUUCGUGAAGUUUACCGAGCAAUAACGGGCUACAUGAAAAUGUUGAAGAAUGGAUAUAGGAAUGGGCAAAAAGGUUUUAGCGGUGACAACUUGAAGAAUGUAAUGUUUAGGUCUCCACGGAUCUACCUAAUGGAUUGUGCAUUGAAUGAUUGCAGUUCCAUCUUAAAGUCAAUAGCUCAGAGGGAUGUUUAUCCUGCUCUGCUGUUAUUUCCUGCGGAAAGGAAAGAUGCUAUUUCUUACGAUGGAGAUAUAGCUGUAGCCGAUGUUAUCAAGUUUAUAGCUGAUCAUGGAAAUAAUUCACAUCAUCUUAUCAGUGACAAGGGAAUUCUCUGGAAAAUAGCUGAAAAAGAGGGCAGGCGUCAAGAUUUAUUCGAGGGUUCAUCACCAACUACCACUGACCAUGAGGAAGCUCCUGUCUUGAAGGAAAGUGUACAUGAGGUCAUAUUAAAGAGCGAAACACCAAGAAGAACCGUAAAAGAUAGUCAGAUCAAAUCUCAUGCAUCUAAAGGCUUGCUUGGAAUGAUGCAUAAUGUGGCAGUUGGUUCUAUCCUUAUAGCCACUGAUAAGCUUCUCAAUGCACAACCAUUUGAUAAUUCAAAAAUUCUUAUUGUGAAGGCAGAUAAAAAGAUUGGAUUUGAAGGUCUAAUUGUCAACAAACAGAUUAGAUGGGAGUCUCUACAAAAACUCGAGGAAGGGCUAGAGUUCCUAAAAGCAGCGCCCCUGUAUUUCGGUGGGCCAGUCGCGAAACAAGGAAUGCCUUUUGUUAGUUUAACUCGAAGAGUUGAUAAAAAUCAGUACCCAGAAGUGCUUCCGGGUGUUUACUUUCUGGAUGAAUCAGCCACAGUUAAGGCGAUUGAAGAACUGAAGUCAGGCAAUUAUUCUGUUUGGGAGUAUUGGUUUUUCUUGGGGUAUUCAAGCUGGGGUUGGGACCAGCUAUUCGGUGAGAUUGCUGCAGGAGCUUGGAAAACUGGUGAUGACAGUUCGGGAAAUAUAGAUUGGCCAUUAAGUUGAUGGUUUGAUCACUUGCUCUUAUCUCGUACUCAACAGACACACAGUUCUGAAGUUCAUCGAGCAGGAACUUUGGAGGUUAUGGUUGUCAUCAGCGGCUUCUAAUCUUAUUUCCAACUUUUACGGCUCACUAUACUUGUAAUUUGUAAAUAUGAAAUUUUGUGAUUCUUCUGGGCUUGGUUGAUUUUGCCGUUACAUUAAGCACAUAUA